CAUGGAGGUCAUCUCCAUUGCAUUGACGGUCUGCACUUUAUGCAAGGCAAUCGAAUCCUGGGUCGAACAGCGAGCCGAAAAGGAGGCAACAAUCAUCCAAAUUUCCGCGACGGUCGUUCAAAUUCGAAAUAUUCUCUCGCCUUUUGCCUCUGCCGAGUUUAAGGGCACCGGAGAGUCGCAGCUCUGCGACUGUAUCCGAAGCCUAGGUGACGUCUUGCAACGGACGAAGGAGCACCUCCUUGUUUGGGGCUACAAGCGCUCUCGCAAGAUAGUCGCGUUCCUGAACCCGGCGGCACUGGUUAAACAGCUUCGGGACGACGAACGGCAACUCAACAAUCAGCUCAUUAUACUCCUCACGUCUGUAGCGGUUGUUGGCUACUUCCGUGAUCAUGCUAGGGACGCGGUGCAACCUCAGAUCAACCCUCCACCUUACGUCGAGGUGGAACCUUUGGAUGAAUUGAAGGACCAACAAGCAUUGGAAUUCUGGAGAGACUAUAUUGGUGCCAAGAUCACAUUCAUUGCACCGGAGGUCUUUUGCUCUCGAUUAUCUAUUUGGUAUCGUGGAGAGUUGUCAAAGGAUACGUGCGCUCGCAUGAUCAUGUUAUUGGAUGAAUAUAAUGUUGGUGGAAUCACUCCCAACAAUCUUGCUCGAGUACUAGGCGACGAGUCGUUGAAGGGUUUCCUAGAACGGUGUUCUACAGGAGAAAAACCUCUUCCAUUUGACCACUCCUGGAUUCGAGCCGCGCCUGGCGAAGUUCUUAGUACCCCACUCUUAGUAUGGAUUGACGACAACCCGCAAAAUAACGCUUACGAAAUUGCCGAUGCCCGUUCCAAAGGCAUUCAAGUUAUCGAAUUAUCCUCUACUUCUGUAGCAAAAGCUUGGGUGGAAGCUAACUAUGCGUUCCUUCGAGACAACGACAACCCCUCGCGCAUCCGCUUUAUCUCUGAUAACAUGCGACUUGAGAAGAACGCCAAUGCGGGGACUUAUCUCAAUCCCUCGGCUGGAGAAUCGUUCCUUCGAUAUCUCCGAGGAAGAUUUUUCAACGCGCCCGUUCUUAUUUAUACCGGUCGCAGUAUCGAUUCGACUGGGUAUGUUGACAGGUACACGGCUGCUGGAUCGACGACGUCUGCUCGUAUUUGUCUCAGCUAUAUUGCGAAUCUGGCAACCAAGAAGGAUAACGACAAUGAGUGGAGGGGUUUCAAGAAUUAUUA